CACUUGUCGUCUGCUAACUCAGCAGCCGUACCAAAAUAUCCGCGCGCUUCAUCCCACUGGUUGGUGCUGUAGAGGCAUAGCAGACGAAGUGUGGCUUAGUAGCGGUACACAACAGUCAUACAACGAUGGGAUUUUCGUAUCAUCCACCAUCUUUGUGACCAUAGAAAAAGUUUAUUUAUUGAAAGGACUAAAGGUGGAAAGACAGUUUUUACCACAGGUUUGCGUGAAACUUCCAACCAUGGGAAACAAGUUUUUCAGCGAUGGAGGGAAAUGCCACAUGAACCAACCUAAGGUCAGGCAUUUCACGGCGAAUUUCGGAACACAAGGAAGUUCGGGGUGUUUCUAAAAGAAUGAAGUUUCGUCAACUGAAUCUUAACCCGUUCCUGCGUGGCCGGUCCAAAUCCAAAAAGAAAAACGCGAAGAAGUCGGACCUGCCUAAUCAAUCGCCUAAGAAAUGUGACCCAGCUAAUCAUUUGACCGAACGCCGUAACCCUGACAACAGAAGACACGAAAAUGAAUACGUUUCAGUGAGGGAAUCAGAUAUCGUCGACCUUGACUUUACACAGAGGUCGUCAAACGUCAUUCAUCAGGGAGAGGAAAAUCAACUGGAAUUGAGUAUUGAUAUAAAAUCUCAAUACCGGCUUACGUUGGACGAUUAUUACUAUCCAACUGGUAACGAAGGAGGCGAAUAUCAGGAGGAGCGUUGUCAAUGUGACGUCAGAUCCGGUUUCAUCAGAUGCGACCAUUUUGUGGUUUACGAAGAUGAAAACCAGUACUCCAGUGGUGGCAGUCUUACCGACAAAGCAAGCAUUGAUAUCGAUCCAUAUUCUAACACUAUACGUAAAGUCAGAUCUCGGAUCAAGACAAAUCCAUGGCUCCCAUCACCAAAACUGAGUCCCCUCUCUCUCACGGCUCCUACUGAAGUUCUGAGCUCGUCAGAUGGAGAUUCCGGAAGUGAGGGUAAUCCUGAUGACAAAGUCGACGAUUUAUACUGCGAAAACGAUGAACAUUUUAAGGAAAACGUGGUUGAAGAACAUGAAAAUAUUUUAACCAUCACAACUAAACCGGAGCUCAAAGAUUCACUGCAAAGUCGACUCCAACUGCAGGAUUUGAACUGCCGGUGGUCUAUAAUUUCUGAAGGCGACAUUGACUUAACUUCCCCGACGAUUGAAGCUCUUCGUGAGAGUUUUUCUAACCUGGAACACAAAGUAAGCUUUGAAUACGAAGAUAAUGUUGAUUCUGUAUUAGAGAGUGACGUCACAGCCCCACAAAACCUCACCAGUCUUUCCAUAAACGAUCUCCUUGACGACAGCCUCAUACAAUCCGACGACUCCUCAAGUCUCCAGAGUUCAAUGACAAGUUCAGAAGAUAUUUCUAGCGUGGCAGAAAUGUCGUCAUCCCGCGAAUCUAGUGUUUUGACGGAAUCUGAAAAUGGCGUAACGACCGAGUCGGAAAACGGAGACAAUUUCGAUGAUUUAUCUCCCUUAGACGGAGAACCUUUGUCUAACGAAAAUGCAUUCCAUGUUAAAAUGUGCAAUAUGGACGAUUCGAUUGAUGCGGGAUAUUCCAGUUUGAGCCGGGACAGUCGGGUGAGUUCAGAUUCUGACUCGGAUAGUUAUACGACAGAGAAAAAGCUUCGUAGCAUCCGGUCAAGAACAGACAUCAGCACAUUCUUUAAAGAGGAUAAGGAGGUUGAGGAGGAGGUUGAGGAGGAGGAGAAGGAGAACGAGAAAAGCCUGGACGAGGAAGGUACAGAUACAGAUACUUACGAGAAAUUUGCCGAUGAUCUACGAAAAUGUAACGCCCCUACGAGCAGAACCUUUUCUGAGGUUAGACUUAGUCUAGAAGAAAAGGUGAAACAGCUUCGUCUAGAGAAAAUGAUCGUUGAACAGAAAAUCCGAGAAGCACAGGAAGCGGAGAAAAUCCGACUCCAGGAAAAACUUCGAUUUAAACAGCAAAUGUCUGAACAGCGGAAGGAAGUUCUGUUACAAACACUCAACGGUCUGAAGGACAAACUCGAGAGCCAAUCAGAACGUCUGGAACAGAACUAUUCUGAAGUUCUUCACAUGCAGAAGAAAUAUUCUUCGAAACGUCACCCGUUUCUCUUUGUGGUACCAACUCCAGUAUCCUCGUAAAUUUUGUCUCCGCUAAAUGACCAAUUUGUCAUUGUAUUCGCGGCCUGUGUAAAAUUUGGAUGUAUAAUGUGUGUAGUCCUGCUCUACAGAUUGUAAUGGAUUUUGUGAAAUAUAACUGAAAUACCGUAAUUGGUAAUCCAAUGUAGCAUUACGAAAAACUGCACCAUCUAACCCGUCAUCGAAAUUCGUGUUCCGGCUGUGACGUGUUCAACCUUAUUGAUAUUCGUUAUCUGUUUUGGAUGUUUCUAUAUUCAUUGGAAACUAUGUACUAUUUAACACGUCAUCAUAAUAUGAAAUCCAGUUCCUGCUAUGACAUCACUGGAGAAAGUAUAAUAUCCUAACGCGAAAUUGUAAUUUGUGUUCCUACUAUGACAUCACUGGAAAAUGUGUAAUAUCUAACGCGUCAUCGUGAUUCGUGUUCCUGCUGUGACAUCACCGGAAUAUGUACUGUAUAACACGUUAUCCUAAUUCGUCUCCUGCUGUGACAUCAUCGGAAAAUGUGUACUAUCUAACGCGUCAUCGCAUUCGUGUUCCUGCUAUGACAUCAUCGGAAAAUGUGUACUAUCUAACGCGUCAUCGUGAUUCAUGUUCCUGCUGUGACAUCCUCGGAAAAUGUGAACUAUUUAACGCGUCAUCGCAUUCGUGUUUCGGCUAUGACAUCAUCGGAAAAUGUGUAUUAUCUAACGCGUCAUCGUUAUUAUGUCUCUCCAUGAUCAAUCUAAACGCGUCUUCUGUGUUUUAGAGAAGAACAGUCAUUUAAAGAACUGACGAACCGUGAAAUCCCUUAACACGAUGAUGAAAUUAUUCUUUUCUUUGAUUUGCUAUUUGUUAACAUAUUUAAAAAAAAAUGUUACAUUUACAAUAGUUCCAGUUUUAGGUCAUUUGUUAUCGUGACGUGUGGCCGGAUGUGACGUUUUCCGUAUAGAAAAGAAAUGACAGAUGUGACAAUAAUGGCAGCCAUCUUUGAGUUACAUAUCUACAUGCCAGAAAGAGUUUAAAGACAGACGGCUCACUCUUCAAUGGAGUCUCUGCAAGACAGUAGAAAUUCACACCUUAUAUACACACGAGAGAUUGUCACGUGUCAAAUGACCAUGCCAUUUCGCUUUAAAUGUUGAAGAAUUUAGAUUCAUUUAAACACGCAUGUAUACAUUGACGAACAGGUAAUUGAACACUUUGGAUUUUCUCGACCAUCAGCGUUUGUUUUCGUGUAGUCAUUUUCACGCAGACGCUUGACGGUUUAAGUACUAUAUUUUAGCAUUUUGAUCUAGUGUCUGCUUGAUUGAGACUACAAAACAUAAUUGGGUUCCUCCAAGUUUCCGCCUAAAAUCAACGCGUCUUCUUAUAUCUAUGAUUAAGAAUAGCUUUCCGCAGGUUAAACAGCAUGCUGUUCCUCGAAGCUUUACGCAGACAUGUAUUGUCUUGUGUCGUGUUCAGAGGCGUAAAACCAAUUCAUUUAUUGGAAUCAAUUAAGAUGUAAACCAAUGAAAAAACUCGAGUUAUUUCAUUUGAAAUAUGGCUCGGAAGUUUUCAUUGGCUAAUAUCUAAAUUUGAGGUUUUCAAAUGUUUUAAUUUGAAUACAAAACUCGACAUUUUAAGGUGAAAAAUCUUACUAAAGUGUCGCCGGAGGUUAAGUUACCCUAACCCGACAUACUCAUUUAAGGGUUUAUGCGGAUUGUGGGAUUUCGAUGUGGGUAGAUAUUACCCAUUGUUAAAAGCUGAAUGGUUGAGAUAUCCUUCAAACUUUUGAUGUUGUAGUGUUUGAUUUGCGUUUUAAGUUCGAAACAUCUCAUAACAUACCUCCAAACUCCGCAAUGAACUUGUCCGUCCGAUAAUCUGGACAAGUUCAUUACGAAUAGAGGGGUAGACCGUUGUUUAUUUAUAUUAUGAAGUGCUCUGUUAUUAUAUUUGUAUUGUUUUAAUGUUUUGUUUGCGAAUCAAACGUAGAAGUGAUCAAGACUCCUAUUGUUACCCCGAAAUUCGAAUAUGUUUGGCAAAUAAAAUUACCGGUUAAGAGUCCAAUUGGUUUUCAAAAGUCUUGUUAGCCUGUGAUGUUAAUUUGAUGAAAUUAGCUGUCAAAUGUUCCCUGCAAAACCAGCUGAAAGUGACGCUUUAACUGAAAUUGAUCUCUAAAUACUUCAUAUUUUGCAGUGAUGGUCCAAUAUGAAAAACGAAAUGGAUUCCUUGUGCAAAAUAUGAUGAACCCCCACCAAAGCAAAAAUCUUAAUAUAACAAAUUCAUUGUAUUUACAUUCACACUAGGAUAUCAAUCCAACAAGUGUUCUUCAGUAAAUGGUGUUCUAAAAUGCGCUAUUGUUUGCGAUAUAUAAGGAAAGAAAGAAAAUGAGGGUUCAUUAGAGUUGUCAAUAUGAUUACUUCCACGAUUGAAACUGUUUUGAUUAUUAUUACGAUCGUGUAUCUAUAGUGCUCCUUGUUAAGUUAUUGUGUCAAUAUUAAGUUGGUAUCUAUGGUACUGAGAUACAUCUUGUUUAUGUAAAAAAUCACCUUCGACAAGUUUCUCUCAAAAUACUGAACCUCCCAAAUAAGUUAUUAUGGCAAGAUCUUUUUUGUGUAUUUGACGAUUUUUCUCGAUUUCUUGAAAAAGAACUGUUUGGAAGAAAUGUGAAUGUAAAUAUUUGAUAAUGAAAUUGACAUCCUUUUAGCAUUAUUGUGUUUCCUUAAACUUUCAUCGAAAUAAAAUAGUUUUAUUUGUAAUCUUAA